CUAUUCCUUUCACUGACACCAAUGAUGGGGCACUAUCCCCUUCCCCCACUGACACCAAUGUUGGGACACUAUCCCCUUCCCCCACUGACACCAAUGAUGGGGCACUAUUCACCCCCCCACACUGACACCAACGAUGGGGCACUAUUCCUCCCCCCACUGACACCAAUGAUGGGGCACUAUUCCUCCCCCCACUGACACCAAUGAUGGGGCACGAUUCUUCCCACUGACACCAAUGAUGGGGCACGAUUCUUUCCACUGACACCAAUGAUGGGGCACUAUUCCUCCCACUGACACCAAUGAUGGGGCACUAUUUUGCUCCAUAAGACACACUUGGGGGGAAAUGUCUCCCAGCUCUCCAGUGAGCG